CCCAACACCCCGUAUAAAUACGGCGCGCCACUCCCGCCACUCGCCGCACACAAGAAAGAACAUCAGCACGCAGAACAAAUCAAGCAAGCUCUUCGUCCUCUCACUCGUUUCUUGCUCGGUUCAUUUGCGGCGUCAGCGAUGGGCGACCUGAUUCCGGGGUUGCCGGAGGAGGUGGCGAGGGAGUGCCUCAUCAGGGUGGGCUUCGACCAGCUGCCCGCCGUGCGCCGCAUCUCGCGGCAGUGGAAGGAGGAGGUCGAGUCGCCGGACUACGGCCGCCUGCGCCGCGCCGAGGGGCUGGCGCGCCCGGUGCUCGCCAUGGUCCAGGCGCAGCCCGAGCGCGUCGAGCCUGGCCCGGCGCAGAAGCACGCGUCGGCGUCGGCGGCCAACGGCGGACCCGCGAACAACUACAGGAUGGUGCUGCUGGACCCGGUGGCGGGGCGGUGGGCUCCGCUCCCGGUGCUGCCCGGCCCGACCGGGAGCCUGCCCCUGUUCUGCCAGGUCGCCGCGGUGGACGGCCCGCAGGGGAGGAAGCGGCUGGUGGCCGUCGGCGGGUGGGACCCGGAGUCGUGGGCGCCGACGGACUCGGUGUACGUGUACGACUUCCUGACCGGCGCGUGGCGCCGCGGGGCGCCCAUGCCGGGCCCGCGCCGGUCCUUCUUCGCCACCGCGGCCGUCGGCGGGGCCGUGUACGUCGCCGGCGGGCACGACGAGGAGAAGAACGCGCUCCGGUCGGCGCUCGCGUACGACCCGGACGCCGACGCGUGGGCCGCGCUCCCGGACAUGGCGGAGGAGCGCGACGAGCCGCGCGGGCUCUGCGUCGGCGGCAGGUUCCUGGUCGUCGGCGGGUACCCGACGCAGGCGCAGGGCCGCUUCGCCGGCUCCGCCGAGGCCUUCGACCCGGCGACGGCGGCCUGGGACACCGUCCAGGAGGGCCUGCUCGAGGACGGCGCGUGCCCGAGAACCUGCUGCGUGGCGCCCGGAGCCGAGCGCAUGUACAUGCUCCGCGAAGGGAACCUCGUGGCGCGCGACGGCGGCGCCUCGGCGGGGUGGCGCACGGUGGCGUCCGUGCCGGGGGACGCCCGCACGGCGUCGACCGUCUCCGCCAUCCCCGGCGGCCGCGUCGUGGUGAUCGGCUCAGGCUGCCACGGAGGCGACCAGACCGUGUACAUGCUGCGCGACGAGGCCGGCAACGGCAAGGCCGCGUCCUGGGCGCGCGCCCCGGCGCCGCCGGAGUUCUCCGGGCACGUGCAGGCCGCCUGCUUCCUAGAGAUCUGAUCUGAUCACCUAAGCGUGUGUACAGAACCAUGAAUAGUGUACAUAGAGGUAGUAUAUGUGUGCAUAUAACGCAUCAAUGCGCGUCUGCGAGGGCUGCGCCUUUUCGCGCCAUGACUCGAGCUUGCAUUGCACCCGUGUAAGAAAAUGAUGGUUAAACGAGCCCAGAAAGAUCGUUGCAGUGAACAAUGUUUUCGAUUU